AUGUUCGCCAUUUUUUCUAUAGGAGAACGUGUGGUAGCUGACAUAGUGGCUGAGAAGGUUCGAGUUUUUUGUUGGAUCCUCACGGGAAAGCAAAACCACGACAAGAGAGCGAAACAUGUGAAAGCUACGUGGGCCAAACGUUGCAACAAGUAUGUAUUCAUGUCAUCUGAAAGCGAUCCUAACCUUCCCGCAAUCAAUCUGAAUAUUUCUGAGGGACGAGAUCAUCUCUGGGCAAAGACGAAAGCGGCCUUCAAAUAUUUACACGACCACUAUUUGAACGAAUACGAUUGGUUCCUUAAAGCUGAUGAUGAUACAUACGUAGUAUUGGAAAAUUUAAGAUAUAUGCUUCUUGCUCAUUCGCCUGAUCAACCAGUUCAUUUCGGCUGUAAAUUCAAACCUUUUACGAAAAAAGGCUAUCAUAGUGGCGGCGCAGGCUACGUUCUGAGUCGAGAAGCUUUGAAAAAGUUUGUCAAUGAUGGUUUGACCGAUCCGAAGAAAUGCUCUCCGAAUCAUGGUGGAGCGGAAGACGCUGAAAUGGGGAAAUGCCUUGAAAAAAUUGGUGUCGUGGCGGGUGAUUCACGAGACGGGGAAAAGCAUCAUAGAUUCAUGCCAUUCGUGCCAGAACAUCACAUCGUACCCGGUCACGUUGACAAAUCUUUCUGGUUCUGGUCGUACAUAUACUAUCCGAUGGAUCAAGGUCCUGACUGUUGUUCUGACUACGCCAUUUCAUUCCACUACGUCAACUCAAAUCUAAUGUAUGCGCUCGAAUAUUUGAUCUAUCAUCUCAAGCCAUUCGGAGUUGAUCGUUCGCUAAGGUUUGUAUCUUUAGUUCACUUUCGGUGUUUACUUAGUGGCUUCUGA